UUUAGAAUAAAUAAACAUUUCACCUCUUAUCUCUUCUCAUAACUUUGUUUGAUUGAAGUAUCUUUUUUUUAGUAGUGCACCAAAAUUCAAACAUGCUACCCUUAUCCCCACCCUUAGAACAAACUAAUCAAAACUCUCCUGAACAACUUGUCAUAUCAAAACAACCAAGGAUUCAACAUCAUCCCCUAAGAACAAGGUCAAGGAAGCUAGCAACACUUGGUCAUCCACAACAUCAAAAGACCAAACCAAUUGUAUGGUUUGCAGCAAUACUAUGUUUCAUAUUUAGCCUUAUGCUUAUUUUCUUUGGUAUUGCAACAUUAAUUUGUUACCUUGCAAUCAAACCAAGCAACCCAAUAUUUGAUAUUUCAAAUGCAAGCCUAAAUGUUGUUUAUUUUGACUCAAAACAAUAUCUCAAUGGUGAAUUCAUUCUCCUCACAAAUUUUUCUAACCCAAAUAGAAGAGUUCAUGUGAAGUUUGAGUCUUUAUAUAUUGAGCUAUUUUUCUCAAAUAGGCUCAUAUCAUCACAAUCAAUUAAGUCUUUUACUCAAAAACCAAGGGAAACAAGGUUGCAAACAGUUAAAUUCAUAUCAAGUUUGGUGUUUUUGCCUCAAGAUAUUGGUGUGAAACUUUUAAGACAAGUGCAAAACAAUAGGAUCAAUUACUAUGCAAAGGGAACAUUUAAGGUGAGAGUGAAUAUGGGACUUAUUCAUUUAUCUUUUUGGCUACAUAGUUGGUGUCAAAUAGAGAUGACUGGUCCACCAGCUGGUUCUCUUGUAGCUAGACAAUGCAUAACAACUAAAUCAGGGUAGUUUUUUUUUAAUGUUUGUUUAUUGAUUUUCUAUAGUUUAUUUAUACUCUAUUUGGAUAUAUAGUGAAUUAAUUUCAGUGUGCAAAAGAGUGAUAUGAUUCAUGUCAAAAUGAAAAUAUAGAAAGGAAAAAAUAUUAAUAGAUACUAUUAUA